AUGAGUGAUAAACAACAUAAUCGUAAAGAAACGUCUAAACCAGAAACAAGUAAUAGUGAGUCUCGAAAAGCUGAUGAUAAUGAACGAGAUAAUGAGGAUGAUGAUAAAGCUGAUGAUGACGAUGAUAAUAAUGAUGAACAACCAGUACGAACCAAUUUAGUUCAUGAAUUAAAUAUUAAGGCUAUCGACGACAUUUUACAUGAUCAAGGUCAUGAUCUAGAUGAACAAGCAACAAAAGUUGAUAAACGACGACGACAAUUUUUAGUUCAUGAACUUAAAGAAUUAUUUGAAAGCAAAUUAGGUGCUAAACAUGUUGACUAUGGACAAUCUACAGCAUCUAUUGUCAAAAAUUGUUGUAAAGAAUUGCCAUCAGAUAAUGAUGAAUCAUUUUAUAUUGUUAAUCUAUCUCAUUAUGCUCGUCAAUAUCAUCAAUGGAUGCAUUUUCUUGGUCGUAUUCAUCCGUUCUAUGCAGUUAAAAGUAAUCCAAGCAGUUUCAUUAUAGAAGUUCUUGCAGAAUUAGGUGGUGGUUUUGAUUGUGCUUCAGCAGAAGAACUUGCUUUAGUACAAAAAAUAUGUGGUGAUAAAUUUGAUUAUGCAAAACGUAUUAUCUUUGCUCAUCCAUGUAAAUCUAUUUCUCAUAUUCGACAAUUUCGUGAUGCAGGUGUACAAAUGACAGUAGUAGAUAAUGAAGAUGAACUUACGAAACUAAAAGAACACUGGCCUGAUGCUAAAGUUCUUCUACGUUUAAAAACUGAUGAUAGACAUUCAAUGAGUCCUUUUUCAACAAAAUUUGGUGCUAAUGAACGUGAAUGUAUUACUUUACUUCGAUUAGCUCGUAAAUUAAAUAUUAAUCUUGUUGGAUGUUCAUUUCAUGUUGGUAGUCGAUGUCUUGAUCCUAAUCUAUAUAAGGAAUCACUUAAAUUAGCCCGACGUAUAUUUGAUAUUGCUCAACAAGAUGAAUUUAAAUUUGAUUUCAAAAUAUUAGAUAUUGGUGGUGGUUUUUCAGGUCAUAAUUGGGAUAAGCCAAGUUUUCCUGAAGUGGCUAAAGUGAUUAAUCAAACAUUAGACAAAAUAUUUCCGGAAUCAGAAGGUAUAACAUUAAUGUCAGAACCUGGUCGUUAUUUUUCAUCAGGAGGUAUGACAUUAGUCACUCGUAUUAUUGCUCGACGUAUUCACAAUCUUGAUUAUAAAUCUAAUGAAAAAAUAGUUGAACUUAAUCGUAAGAUGUCUUAUGUACAAAGUUCAUCUGAAAAUGAAAAUGAAAAAUCUGAUUCUGAAAAAGCUCUUAUUGAAAGUGCGGAUAAUAUUUAUUAUAUUAAUGAUGGUAUUUAUGGAACAUUCAAUGCUAUUAUAUUUGAUCAUAAAGUAUUUAUUGUACAUUAUAUAAAAAUAAAUGAUGAUAAUGAAUCAUGUGAACAAUUUAAAUCGGUUGUAUUUGGUCCAACGUGUGAUUCAAUUGAUUGUAUUGCUCAUUCGAUUAAUUUACCAUUAUUAAAUAUAGGAGAUGUACUAUGGUUUCCUGAUGUUGGCUCUUAUACAAGUGCAUGUGCAUCGAAUUUUAAUGGAUUCCAAACGAAGAAAUAUGUUUUCAUUUGGAAGAAUUAG